UUUCAAUACAACACACACCUCUUUACAGUAUAUAUACUGACUACUACAACAACUUCACACACACAGCUGGCAACUGUCAGAGAUAAAGACUCAAAACAAGAACCAUGAAGGUGUUUGCGGUACUGUUUCUGGCUGUGUUCACAGGUUGCCAGGCCAACUUGUUCUCUGCUGAUGAGCCCAAACCACAGCUGGAGCAGCUGACUGAUGCUUUCUGGGAAUAUGUUGCCAAGGCAACACACACUGCUGAGGACACACUGAAAACAAUUAGAGAGUCUCAACUGGGCCAGGAAGUCAACACUAGACUUACAGAAGGUGCUAAUGUGGCCAGUGAGUAUGCUGUCACUCUCCAGAAACAAGUGAGCCCUCUAGCCCAGGACAUCAUAACCAAAAUCACCAAGGAGGCUGAAGUUCUGAAGAAGCGCCUUGAGCAGGACCUGACCACUGUGAAGGACAAACUGGAGCCCUAUGCUGAUGAUCUGAAGACCCAAAUUCAGCAGAGAGUGGAGAAACUGAGAGUAGCUGUGGCUCCUUAUGCCGAGUCCUUUGACUCUGAAGCUCUGAAAACCACCGUGCUGCAGAAGACCGAGGAGCUCAGGGGGAGUCUUGAGGAGAAAGUGAAGGAACUGCAGUCCCAGCUGGAGCCCUACACUGAUGAACUCAGACAGAAAGUAGAACAGCACCUGCAGGAAUUCCAGAAGACCGUGGCACCUCUGACUGAAGAUCUUCAGGCCAAGGUUGCUGAGAGAGCCACUUUGGUUCAGCAGGGUCUGGCUCCCUAUGCUGAGGACCUAAGAGAGAAACUGGACCCCUAUGCCCAGAACCUGAAGGACCAGCUCACCUCUCUUUAUGAGUCCUUCACCAAGACCAACUAACACAAAAAUAACUUCCCACUCCAAAUGACUAAUACAUAUGACAAAUGCCUUCUUUGCACAAGACAAUUCCAAUAUUCGUAUUAUGUUAUUAUAAUUGCCUAAUUAAACGUGUUUAUUUCCCACAGAAACUAUAUAUUAUGUUAUUAUGUUAUGUCUGGUACAAUGUUUCUAAUAUCUUAUAAUGUCCUGUAUAAAAUAAAGAAUAAUUUGAAAACAUA